UUCGCUUGUGUUCAAUUAAAUACCCUCGAGUGGUGUCACAUUACACGCGCGGCCGAACGGCCAAAGUGAUAAGUCAUCAAAUCGCGAGUGUCAAUAAACCCGGUGUGCAAUUUGCUCACUUAACGCAGUGGUUUAAAUUUACCAGAUGAAUAAUUCUAGUUUCCCCCGGCUGGGGGAAACCUCUGGUGGAGGAGGUGGAAAGAUUUUAGUUAUGGAAAGGGGAGAGGAGGGUAAAUCCUUCCACGGAGUCUCUCCGAUUCUCGUCGAUAAAACAAUUAAAGCUUACUGCGGGGAAGUAGCAAGCGCAAAAAAAAAAAAAAAAACGAAAGACGGGAAAAUUAUCGUCCACGUUAAAAGUGAAAGCCAGGCCAGAAACCUGGCUAAAAUCGAAAAGCUGGCUCAAGGAAUUUUCACCAAAGUGUACGAGCACAAAACUCUUAAAUCGUGCAAAGUAGUGGUUUUUUGCCAGGACAUAAAGUUUGACAGUGACCAAGACUUACUCGAAGACCUAUCGAAAACAGGAAUAGCUGAAGUUCGGCAGAUUAUGAAAGGACGCGAUGAGAACAAAACUCCCACUGGAAUUUUUGUCCUCAUUGUCAAGGGUACGGUUCCACCUAAAGAAGUAAAAAUUGGGUACAUUCUGUUGGAAACAAGACCGUGGUAUCCGAACCCUUUGAGGUGCUUCGUGUGCUAUAAGUUCGGGCAUAUCGAAAAAAACUGUAACAGUGAAAAAAAGUGUAACAAAUGCGGUGAGGCAUUCCAUGAUGAAAUCUGUGAAAAUGCAGAAAAAUGUGUUAACUGUGAUGAUUCUCAUGGAGCAUUCUUCAAAGGAUGCCCAGCAUUCAAGAAAGAAGUAGCUAUCACCAAAGUGAAAGUGGACAGGAACAUUAACUUUUGGGAAGCUAGAAAAAUAGUGGAAAGUGAAAAUAAAAUCACGUACUCAGAUUCCAUUAAAAGUGCAUUAACCAAACAAUUUGAUGAGAAGAUCAAACAAUUAAAUGAAGAAAAGAAAUCCUACGCGGAAACACUAAGGUUAGAUCUGCAGAAACAGUUCGAACCAAAAAUGAAGGAGAUGGAAAAUAAGCUCAUGGAAAUGCAAAAUCAGUUCGAACAGGCAGGUAAUGCCUACAGAGAAGAAAAACAAAAAAGAAAAACGGCAGAAAAGGAGUUCGAAAUUCUCAAAGAGAAUUAUUCCAAACUGGAGAACACACAGAAACUCUACGGAUACAAACCAUCAGGAAAACACACCAGGAGCCAAGGCAAUCCCAAUCCCCCAAGGAAAAAGAAAGGUAACGAUUAG